ACGCGUGCAGGGCAGCGCGCUCCCGGAAGUGACGCGCGACGGUUCGUGCGUGCGUGCGGGCGGCUGCGUCGGGCUGCAGGAGAAGAUGGCGGUCUCCACAGGAGUUAAAGUUCCUCGUAAUUUUCGCUUGUUGGAAGAACUUGAAGAAGGACAAAAAGGAGUAGGCGAUGGUACGGUUAGCUGGGGCCUUGAAGAUGAUGAAGAUAUGACACUUACAAGGUGGACAGGCAUGAUUAUUGGGCCACCAAGGACAAAUUAUGAAAACAGAAUAUAUAGCCUGAAAGUAGAAUGUGGACCUAAAUACCCAGAAGCUCCUCCGUCAGUUAGAUUUGUAACAAAAAUUAAUAUGAAUGGAAUAAAUAAUUCCAGUGGGAUGGUAAGUUAAUAUAGUCAUAUUGGUUUUAUAUAACAUAAUGUAUAGAGUUAUAUGUUAAUUAUACAUACACACAGCAUAAUAUGUGUAAGAUAUUAAUAUGUAGUUAGGAGAAAGUUUUUAAAAGAGGACUUUUGUUAAGCCAGAAGUCUAAAGAAGGUUGCAUUAUGUUGUUUUUAUUUUAUAAUAUAAAUUAGGCCAUCCUUAAAAACCUUAAUGUGCUUGCCUGGAAUAGAUGUAUGUGGUGGUUAAA